ACGCGUUCGGUAUUAUACCUCUGAUUAAAAGAAUAAUUCGUAAAGAAUAUCGAUUUCAAAAAAUAUUAUUAACAUGCAAAGUUGUAAAAGUAUGAAAAUGUCAAAAUCAAAACACUAUAGCGCAGUCGAGAAAAAAAUCUUUUUGGAAAUAUUAAAACAUUUCAAGUAUGUUAUAGAGGUUAAGAAAAGUGAUAGCUCAACACUUCAUGAUAAAGAAGUUGCAUGGUCGGAAAUUUGCAAACGAUACAAUGACAGUGAUUUUGCAAGAGCGUAUAGUACAACUAAAAAAACUGUGGGCAAAUUUAAAACAAAGUCAAUGAGAAAUAUUGACAAAAGAGAAACAAGCUCAUCUAAGUACUGGUGGCGGCCCACCUCUUGCAGAGAUAAAUAUUGACUCUGAUAUAGCUCUAAUAACAUCACAUCUUAUGGAAACAGAGUUAUAAAAUUGAUUCCCACCUAAAACUUGAUUUUAGAUUGAGGUAGACACAGAUUUCGGAAUGGCUCGGAGAAGUUCGAAUUAUGCCGGAUUAAAUUUCUAUCCGAGAUUUUCACCAGGGUAUAUUAUGGUCCACAUUCUGAAUCCUCUUUUAUCAAUAAAAGCACUUUCAUUGAUAAAAGGAUACCCAAAGGUCGUAAUAAUUUUUAUUUCACUUCUUUUUUUAUGACAUUAACUUUGGUUUUUUAU